UUUCCAAUUUUCUCUGUUUGUACUUUUAUUCUGGACAUCUUCAUCACCUAAAAGUUUCCAGUUGCAUGAGAACUACGUUUGGAAUCACUUACGUGUAUUGAGUGGAAUAUAAUUGAAGGCACAACGGUUGAUCAGAAAGCAAGUUGAGAAAUAGAUAAGCAUGACAAUAUGGAGUGGGUUUUUGGGUGUCAUUUUGCUUAAAAAAUUGUGUAUAAAUGAUUCGCAUUUUAUGAUUUUCAAUAAUAACGGGCUAAACGUGGUGUAAAGGGUGGUCUAUAAUCCAUUAAUUGCGUUUGGACAUUGUGUAAUCUUGCUGAAGGUUGUACAACUAUUUCCUGUACAAAUCACCCUCGAAUCUGGUGUGCAAUACGUUCAAAGGAUGGAUAUUUUGAGGAAUAUCGAAGCGAAGGUGGUUUGUCCCUACAACGAUUCGCAUCAUAUACACAAAAAUCGGAUCGAAAUGCACUUGUUGAAAUGUCGGAACCAGCACAAGGGAUCUAAGGAAAUGGUUACGUGUGACUUUAAUGCGUCCCAUGUAAUUCCCAAAAUUGAGUUGCAGUAUCAUCACAACGAAUGCCCGGAUCGAAAAGGUGUAGAGCUGCAUAUUUUUCAAGCGGAAACUGAUGUAGCCCCAAUCGAAGCCCCUUUACCUGCCAUUCCCGUGCCACUUGAUUCCACAUGGGAGGAUGGCGAAGUUUCAUCAUAUGACCCCCAAAAAUACUGCGAAGGUAACGCGGUUCUCCGACGAAUUGAUGCAGCGCCAGCGGCUGUGCGAAAGGAUUUCCAAUUGCAGGAGCGCAAGAGAUUUAGUGAAAUGAAAAAUAAGCCCAAUCAGGGGAAAUGUUUGCCGAAUGCAGCAUCAAUGGCAAUGCAAAAAACUGGACUUCCUGAAGCUCCAAUCUUCUCGGAGAUUAAUAUUGAAGACGCUCCUGAGGACAUUUCGCAAGUGAUGCAGAAAUUGGAUCGGGUUCCAAAAAAAGCAAUAAUUGCAAGGCCCCAUAGUAAGUAGAUUAAAUGUCCACGAAUGGGUAAACACAGACAUUAAUUAGUUGCGAAUUAAGUUCCCGAUUGGAUUGUUUCUCUAACGCUCGCAACUUAUUUUAAGUUAAGACAAAUGCAUUUUUAAGGAAAAUCGGUUUCUUUAAUACAACAGUGUUAUUUUAUUAUUAUUACAAUUUUGUUCGCGUUAAUCUUUGAGAAACUGUUGUCUUAUGUGUUUAAUUCUCAUUUUAGCUUAUGUUUAAGUGACCUUAGAAAUAAGCAAACUGAUUAUUUUUAAAAUGCAGAAUAACGUGUAUUUUCGCUGUGAAUUCGUAUUUCUUUGGAACGCUAUUACCAAGCUGUGGUAUGUCAAUGAGAAAAGCGAUUUUGUUUGCUAAGACUACUUAAGAAAAUAAAUAAAUGAACCAUAUUUUCGAGAUAA